AUGAUUUAUGAUAUUAUAGACAUUGCACUCAGUUCAACACCAUAAAAAGGAAGAGCAUCUUAAGCAAAUACAACAGCUUCACCUGGAAGUUCAAGUGAUUCCUCCUUUGAAUCCAAAUAUAUAUCUACAUUAUAAAUACCUAGACCAUUGUUGAGUUAAGACGAAAAGUUUGAAGCUUCUUUAUGUGCAUUUGGUAUCAGAUUCUUAUCAUGAGACUUUAAACUGUUUAUGCCGGAUGAAGGAAGUGUAUUCAACCUAAAAUUGCUUAUUUAAGAACUCAUUGAAAUUAAGUAUUUAUUCAAUUGUGAUGAAAAACUAUUGUAUUAAAAAAUGAAUACAUUUUAUUACAACCUUGAUAUUAUUGAAGAGAAUGUAUAUAUUAAUUCCUUAGUUCAGAUCGUUUAUGAUGACAGAACUACCCUAAUGUUAAAAAAUAUACCUAAAUACAUGAGACCAAGUGAUUUAAGAAACCUUUUAAAUAAGGACUUCAAGUCUUAAUUUGAUUUUCUUUAUCUCCCCUCUGAUAAUAAUGUAAUUAUUAAUUAAUCAAAAAAGAAUGAAGGAAAUUUAGGUUAUGCAUUUGUGAAUUUUAUUUCCCCUGAAAUCGUAUUGAAAUUUUUCAAGAAAUACAAUAAUAAUAAAUGGAGUAUAAAUGAUAAAGUAGACUAAGAUAUUAAUUAUAAAAGCAAAUUUGUUAACUGAAGUAUGCAAAAUUACAGGGUCGAAGAGAUUUGAUGAACUAAAUGGAAGAGUGAUUCCAAACG